CUGGGCUGUUUCAAAUUGCCAUUGUAUUCCGUUACGUUGUCAAUGGGCAGGUGUUGGAAAGGUUUUGGGGAUACUUUAUACCACCUGGACAGACAGCAGAGCUUAUUGCUGGUGUGAUAAGAGAACAGUUGAAGGAAGUAGUGGGAGACCAGCAUGAAAAAGUGAUUGCUCAGAGUUAUGGUGGUGCAUCUGUUAUGAGUGGCAUUCAGCACCGAGUCCAGGCCAUCAUAAGAGAUGAGUUUAAAUAUGCCUAUUAUGUACACUGCUAUGCCCACCAACUUAAUCUGGUAAUGCAAAGAGCCACACUACAUAAUACUGAAGCAAGGACAUUUUUAGUAAUACUUGGCGGAAUUCCAGCCUUCUUCUCUCGUUCAGUUGAAAGACAAGAUGCUCUGGAUAAUAUAGUAGCACGAAGCAUGCCAAGAAUGUCGGGAACACUGUGGAAUUUUAACAUCUGUACUGUAAAUGCAGUGUACGAAAACUUGGAGCUGCUGUCAGAGUGUUUUCAUUAUUUGUACCGAUGCCCUACAUCAUCUGCAGCAACUGUACAGGAAGCAGGUGGGCUAAUGCAAACACUUGACGAUGAUGAAUUUAAAUUUUGGCUUGCUGUUUUCCAUCGUAUAAUGCCCCAUGUUGACAUUCUUGACAGGCAACUUCAGUGUCGUACUACAGAUGCAGCCACUGUUGAAAAGGAUGUACAUAUAUUUUUGAAUGCUGUUGACUGUGUCAGAUCAGAUGUCAAUGACCUUGCAGAACAGUAUCUGCAGAAAGAGAACAUCCUGUCAAGACGUACACUAAGGCCAUCAGCAUCCCAACCACGGCAUGAUACUUUGCUGAGUGCUGCAGAGGAAGUGUGUGAUGUCAUUAAGUUCCAGGCAACAUCACUAUUUCAACAAACUGGCUAUCUUCAAGCUUCUCAACUACUACUGCCUGAAAAGCUCUCGACUUUUGCAAGAGAGUUUCCAGAAAAUCUAUUCACAGCAACAAUAGACAACUAUCCAUUCCUGUUGAGGAGACGACUUAGAACGCAACUUGGAGUGUUGUUUCGCCGUGAAGAAUUUGCAGCAAAUGGCAGUGCAGUCAAGAUGCUACAAUUCUUGGUGGACACCUCCUUAACCAGUGUGUUUUCAGAGGUUUACAACGUGUUGUUGAUUAUAACCACCACACCAAUGUCAACUGCUGAGGCAGAAAGGUGUUUCUCAACAUUGAAAAGAAUUAAAACAUUUCUUCGUAGUACAGUGGAGCAAGAAAGAAUUAAUGCAUUUGCUAUGAUUUCCAUAGAAAAGGAGUUAAUGCAGAGUAUAACUAACUUCAACCAACGAGUUGUUGAUUUGUUUGCACAAAAUACAGACACACAAAUGGACCUUAUCUAUAAGUAACUCUGAGAAAUACCCAGAGUAACAUAAUAGAGACUCGGUACUAUACUACAAGCACUUAUUGGGAACCAGGUGGGGUCACUUGAAUAGUGUUUGCUUGGGAAACUUUAAACUCCCUUUUGAGUCUCCAGUGAAAGGGGGGGUCCAGUAUGACCUGAUGUGUUCCAGACCACAACUUCUCUUCGGAUGCAGAAACUGGAGUACAUACCAAGUACUGUUGGCAGCAUAUUUUGUAGGAAAGUCUUCACAAAUCAGCUUACACAUGCUCUUUCAGUUCUCUUCAGAAUACAGCGAAUACUGCGUUUGCUUGGGAAGCUUGAAACUGCUUCCUUUUUUUCUGCUUCAAAAAAAUGGAAAUCCAGUGUGUUUAACUGUGUUCCAGACCACCGCUUCUCAUCGGGUGCAGAAACCCAGUGUGACCAAAUGUGUUCCAGACUACAGCUUCUCAUCCAGGUGCAGAAACGAGUACAAAAUUCAGUUUGCAGCAUACU